GUUUUUAAAAUGUAUUUUGACACAGAUGUAACACAGCUGGAUCUAUAUUUUGGGUUUUAUAAUAAGGAUUAUGUUAAACUGAAAGUGUCCCGCAGAAAGAUAGAGACAGGAAAGUGAUUUUUCCAGCCGCUUUACAAGAUUGCAUCUUUUUUACGACAUAUUUCCCGCUUUGCCAUCUUUUGUCUUCCUCAAUGAAGUCCUGAGACAUUUCAAUCAAAAGACACACUCAUGGAUGAAUCAUUCCCUGGCAUUUAAAAAGCCCCUGUAUGAUUAAAAAUGUUGUUGUUCCACUCCCAAUAUAUCUGUGUACUUGGCAGAAAGUCCAGCUUGUGAUCAAGCAGCAGCUAAUCUUUUAUGAAAAGAAUCCCUCCUUAUUUGAUGUCUAGGCCUAAAAGGUUUAAAUCCUCUCAUGUCCUUGAUAUGUUUUGUAAACAGAGGUUUCUUUGAGACAUGAGUCAGGUCACAGGAUUUUCCGCCGGAUUUCAUUUUAUUGCAGUAAAUGUGUCUUUUUUAUUAACACAUUUUUUCAUGAAGUAUUUAAUGGACAAAUGAACAGAUUUUGCUUUCAUGAAGUAUUUUUUUUUAUUGUAACCUAUGCUGCUUUCUACUCCUUUCCACUGUAAUCCUGUGAUUCAUCCAUUUAUGCCAGUGGCUCUGGUUUCUCAGCUGAACUAAAUAAGCAUUCAGCCAUAUUGCUGUUUGCCUGACCAUGGAAUCAGACUCUCCCUCUGGACACAAGACCGCAUUUAUUGUAACCCAUUUAUUCCACAAUUAUUCAUCCGGCUCCCAAAAGGAGUCUCAUUUUUGCUGAGUACAAAAAUGAAAGGAAUUAAUUAAUUUCAUGUGUAGUAAAAAUCGACAUUAUGCAAAUGAGGAAAUGAAAAGAAUGAAGAUGGGAAAGCAUUAACAAACGCACAUAGUGGCUCAAGAGGAGAGUGAGCAAGUGACUUGGUGAGUGAGACAGAAGCACGUGCGAGCUUGCGUUGCACCGAAGCUCAGCAUUGGUUGAAGCUGCAGCAGAGCUCACACAGCAUCCUUCACCCCCCCAUCCCUCGCUCUCUGCUCUACCUCACUCACUUACUCACUGGAUCUCGUCUACUGACUGAAGUAUUUCCACGAGCACAGACCGGGGCAGGCAGCUAGGAAUUACAGUGAGACUCUGUGUGUGUGUGUGUGUGUGUGUGUGCAUAAAUUCUUCCUCCAGCCCUCCUAUUUGGCUCUCCUCUCUGGAUCCUUUUCGCCUUGACACCAGCGCUCUCUCCUCUGGCCAGGAGCUGUGGAUUUGCGGGUUAGAGUUGGAGAUCAUGGACCAGGGAGGAGCAAGGGACAAUCAAGUAAACUGGGUCACUGGCAGACUCUCCUAACUGAUGCCUGUUUGGACCUGGAGGAAUGGGGUGCACCACCAGCACGGUUGUGAUUGAUGGGCUGCGUACCGUCUUAGAGAGGAACUGUACUGGCUACAUCUGUAAGGGAGCAGCUGAGCCCAUUGGGCCAUCUGAGGCUGAGCGAGCGCUGAGCAGGAGAGAGUCGCGUGCAUUGCCAACACCAAGAGUACUUAAGGUUAAGCCGAAGGUGAUUGAGCCGCUGGACUAUGAAAAUGUGCUGGUGCAGAAGAAGACGCAAAUCCUCAGUGAUGUCCUCAGAGACAUGCUGCAGUUCCCCCUGGAGGACUUUGAGAUUUCAACUUUGAGGCGGCAAGGCAGAACUCUCUACCCUACAUUGCCUGAAAAUGCAGAGAGGGAGGCCCAGAGUCUGUUUGUCCAAGAGUGCAUUAAGACCUACAAAUCUGACUGGCAUGUCGUCAACUACAAGUAUGAGGACUAUUCUGCAGACUUUCGACAGCUUCCAAACAAAGUGUCCAGGCCCGAUAAACUGGCUGUCCAUGUGUUUGAAGUGGAUGAGGAUGUCGACAAAGAUGAGGAUACGGCCUCCCUAGGAUCCCAGAAAGGCGGGAUUUCCAAACAUGGCUGGCUGUAUAAAGGCAACAUAAAUAAUGCCAUCAGCGUCACCAUGAGGUCGUUCAAGAGGAGAUAUUUCCAUCUAACUCAGCUAGGGGACGGCUCUCAUAAUUUAAACUUCUACAAGGAUGAGAAGAUCUCCAAAGAGCCCAAAGGAACCAUUUUCUUGGACUCCUGCAUGGGUGUUGUUCAGCAGAACAACAAGGUUCGGCGGUUUGCUUUUGAGCUGAAGAUGCAGGAUAAGAGCACCUACCUGCUGGCCUCAGACAGUGAAGGAGAGAUGGAGGAUUGGAUCAACACACUCAACAAGAUCUUGCACAGCAGCUUUGAGAUUGCCAUGCAGGAGAAGAGGAAUGGAGACAUUCACGAUGAUGAUGAUCUUGGAAAGUCCGACAGUUCCUCAGGCAGCAUGGACAGCUUUCAGAGCGCACGAGAUAUCGAGUCUAGGAUGAGGAACGAGAUCAGAUUGAAGUUGUUCACGCUGGACCCUGACACACAGAAACUAGAUUUCUCAGGAAUAGAGCCGGAUGUGAAGCAGUUUGAGGAGAAGUUUGGCAAGCGUGUCCUGGUGAACUGCAAUGACCUCUCGUUCAACCUGCAAAGCUGCGUGGCCGAGAACGAGGAGGGACCAACCACAAACGUGGAGCCAUUUUAUGUCACCCUGUCACUGUUCGACAUCCAGAGCGGCAGGAAGAUCUCCUCUGACUUCCACGUGGACUUAAACCACCUCUCUGUAAGGGGCAUGGUGCCCAGUAACACCAGUCAGUAUAUGAACGGGGGAGGGGACACCCACCCAGAGGGGCAACGAUUGGUCCAUGGAGUGCCCGAGGCAGCCAUGCAGUAUCCAAGACAGGGAGUGUUCUCGGUAACAUGCCCCCAUCCAGAUAUCUUCCUGGUGGCUCGCAUAGAGAAGGUGCUUCAGGGGGGAAUCAACCACUGUGCCGAGCCCUACAUGAAGAGUUCAGACUCCACCAAGGUGGCACAGAAGGUCCUGAAAAAUGCCAAGCUGGCAUGUUGCCGGUUAGGCCAGUACAGGAUGCCUUUUGCCUGGGCAGCAAGGCCGUUGUUUAAAGACGCUUCAGGGACGCUUGACAAAAGUGCUCGUUUCUCAGCUCUGUACAGACAGGACAACAACAAGCUAUCCAAUGACGAUGUGCUCAAACUGCUCGCCGAUUUCAGAAAGCCAGAGAAGAUGGCCAAGCUGCCUGUAAUCCUAGGAAACCUUGAUGUUACCAUUGACAAUGUAGCCCCCGACUUGACAAAUUGUGUUACCUCAUCCUACAUUCCUGUGAAGCAGUUUGAUGUCAGUGAGAAGACCAACAUCUUCUUUGAAGUGGAGGAGUUUGUGCCGUGCAUAGCCAAAUGUUCUCAGCCUUUCACCAUCUACAACAAUCACAUCUAUGUCUACCCGAAGAACUUGAAAUACGACAGCCAAAAGUCAUUCACAAAGGCUAGAAACAUAGCUGUCUGCAUUGAGUUCAAGGACUCGGAUGAAGAAGAGGCAGUUUCACUAAAGUGCAUCUAUGGCCGACCUGGAGGACCCUUGUUUACCAAAAAUGCCUUUGCUGCAGUGUUACAUCACCAGCACAACCCCGAAUUCUACGAUGAGUUUAAGAUUGAGCUGCCAACCCAGCUCCACGAGAAACAUCAUCUGCUCUUCACCUUCCACCACGUCAGCUGUGACAGCAACAGCAAGGCCAGCACCAAAAGGAGAGACCUGGUUGAGACUCAAGUGGGUUACGCCUGGCUCCCCCUGCUGAAAGAUGGCCGGGUGACCAUGAAUGAGAGUCAGAUCCCUGUGGCUGCCAACCUGCCUGCUGGAUACCUCAACUGUCAGGAGGGAGCCGGCAAGCAUUCUGUCCCUGAAGUCAAAUGGGUGGAUGGAGGCAAGCCGAUAUUUAAGGUGUCCACUCACCUCGUUUCCACUGUCUACACUCAGGAUCAACAUUUGCACAAUUUCUUUCAUCACUGUCAGAGCAGCGCACCUGCACCCAAGGUGUCCGGAGGAGAACUUGUUAAAUACCUGAAGAGUCUGCAUGCCAUGGAGAGCCAUGUGAUGAUCAAGUUCCUGCCCACCACACUGAAUCAGCUGUUUAGGGUGCUAACCAGUGCCACCCAAGAGGACGUGGCAGUCAACGUCACCAGAGUCAUGAUUCACAUUGUUGCACAGUGCCACGAGGAGGGUUUGGAGCACCACCUGAGAUCCUAUGUGAAGUUUGUAUUCAAGACUGAGCCACAAACGUCCGCCACCACCCGAUCAGUGCAUGAGGAGCUGGCUAAAGCCAUGACCGCUAUCUUGAAGCCUUCCACAGACUUCCUCACGAGUAACAAGCUCCUCAAGUACUCCUGGUAUUUCUUUGAAGCCUUAGUCAAGUCCAUGGCUCAGUACUUGAUUGAGAGCUGUAAAGUGAAGCUGUCCAGGAAUCAGCGCUUCUCAGCAUCCUUCCAUCACACUGUGGAGACGCUGGUCAACAUGAUGAUGCCACACAUCACUCAGAAAUAUAAAGACAACCUAGAUGCUGCCAGGAAUGCCAACCACAGUCUGGCGGUCUUCAUCAAGCGCUGUUUCAACCUGAUGGACAGAGGCUUUAUGUUCAAGCAGAUCAACAACUACAUCAACUGUUUUAUGCCUGGAGACUCAAAGACGCUGUUUGAGUUCAGGUUUGAGUUCCUACGUGUCGUGUGCUACCACGAGCACUACGUCCCCUUAAACCUGCCCAUGCCAUUUGGAAAGGGAAGAAUACUGAGAUUUCAAGAUCUCCAGAUGGAUUAUUCACUGACGGAUGACUUCUGCAAGAACCACUUCCUGGUCGGACUGCUGCUCAGGGAGGUCAGUGCAGCUCUGCAGGAGUUCAGGGAGAUUCGCCAGAUAGCCAUCCAUGUGCUGAAGAAUCUGAUGAUAAAGCACACAUUUGAUGACCGCUACACCUCCAAAAGCCAGCAGGCCAGGUUGGCCACCCUGUACUUUCCCUUGUUUGGUCUCCUCCAAGAGAACGUCAACAGGCUGAAUGUGAAGGAAGUCUCCCCAUUCACCAACAGCCACUCCAACAAUAAUGGAAGAGAAGAUUCACUUCAUACCAACGUAUUGAUGACACCUCCCAGAUCCAGCACCUUUCUGGACACCAGCUUGCACAAAGAUGUUUUUGGAGUCAUCUCUGGCACCUCUUCACCUCACACGUCGUCAACCCCCAACAUCAACUCCGUGCGCCACGCAGACUCCCGCGGCUCACUCAUCAGCACUGAUUCUGGCAACAGCCUGUCCGAGAAGCACAACGACAAGGGCAACUCUCUGGACAAGAACCAGGCUGCUUCAACCCUGGGCAGUACCCUGCUGCGAUGUGAUAAACUGGACCAGUCAGAGAUCAAGAGCCUCCUCAUGUGCUUCUUACAUGUGCUCAAAAGCAUGUCUGAAGAUGCUCUGUUCACAUACUGGAACAAGGCUUCAUCUGCUGAGUUAAUGGACUUCUUCACUCUUGUCGAAGUGUGCCUCCAUCAGUUCAGAUACAUGGGAAAGAGAUACAUCGCAAGGAACCAGGAUGGGGCAGGACCCGUAGCACAUGAGCGGAAGUCUCAGACUCUGCCUGUGUCCCGUAACAGGGCGGGAAUGAUGCAUGCCCGCUUACAGCAGCUCAGCAGCCUGGAUAACUCAUACACUUUUAACCACACCUAUAGUCACUCGGAUGCAGAUGUGUUGAAUCUGUCUCUGCUGGAGGCAAACAUCGCUACUGAAGUGUGCCUGACCGUCCUGGACACGCUGAGUAUCUUCAUCAUGGGAUUCAAGACCCAGCUGUGCUCUGACCACGGCCACAGUCCACUAAUGAAGAAGGUGUUUGAAGUCCACCUCUGUUUCCUACGGAUCAAUCAGUCAGAGACGGCCCUCAAGCAGGUCUUCACUUCACUGCGCACCUUCAUCUACAAGUUUCCUUGCACAUUUUUUGAAGGGCGUUCUGACAUGUGUGCUGCUUUCUGCUAUGAGAUCUUGAAGUGUUGUAACUCCAAGCUGAGCUCCAUUCGCAGCGAUGCAGCCCAUCUGCUCUACUUCCUCAUGAAGAGCAACUUUGACUACACAGGUCGCAAGUCUUUUGUCCGGACGCACUUACAGGUGGUGAUUGCUGUCAGUCAAUUGAUAGCUGAUGUGAUUGGUAUUGGAAGUACCCGCUUCCAGCAGUCUCUGUCAAUAAUCAACAACUGUGCCAACAGUGACAAAACUAUUAAGAACACAGCCUUCCCAUCAGAUGUGAAGGACCUGACCAAACGCAUCAGGACAGUUUUGAUGGCCACGGCUCAGAUGAAAGAGCACGAGAGAGAUCCAGAGAUGCUGGUGGACCUGCAGUACAGCCUCGCCAAGUCUUACGCCAGCACGCCUGAACUACGCAAGACCUGGCUGGACAGCAUGGCCCGAAUCCAUGUGAAGAACGGAGACCUGUCAGAGGCGGCCAUGUGCUAUGUGCACGUUGCAGCGCUUGUGGCAGAAUACCUGCGGAGAAAAGGCAUGUUCAAGCAGGGAUGCUCAGCGUUCCGUGUCGUGACUCCAAACAUUGAUGAAGAGGCGGCGAUGAUGGAGGACGUUGGCAUGCAGGACGUCCAUUUCAAUGAAGACGUCUUAAUGGAGCUUUUGGAGGAGUGUGCAGAUGGACUGUGGAAAGCUGAGCGCUACGAACUCAUCUGUGACAUCUACAAGCUCAUAAUCCCCAUUUAUGAGAAGCGCAGGGACUUUGAGAAACUGGCCCACCUGUAUGACACACUGCAUCGUGCAUACAGUAAAGUGACAGAGGUCAUGCACACAGGAAAGAGAUUGCUGGGCACCUACUUCAGAGUGGCCUUCUUUGGCCAGGCAGCGGGCUUCUUUGAAGAUGAAGACGGUAAGGAGUACAUCUACAAAGAACCAAAAUUCACUCCUCUGUCAGAGAUAUCUCAGAGGCUCCUUAAGCUGUACUCUGACAAGUUUGGACAGGAGAAUGUGAAGAUAAUCCAGGACUCUGGAAGGAUUAACCCCAAAGACCUGGACUCUAAGUAUGCGUACAUCCAAGUUACACAUGUGACCCCUUACCUGGAGGAGAAGGAGCUGGUGGACAGGAAGACAGACUUCGAGAAGAGCCACAACAUCCGUCGCUUCGUGUUUGAGAUGCCUUUCACCAUAUCGGGCAAAAAGCAAGGCGGGGUGGAGGAGCAGUGCAAACGCAGGACUAUACUAACCACCACACAUUGUUUCCCCUACGUAAAGAAACGUAUCGCAGUGAUGUAUCAACACCACACUGAUCUGAGCCCCAUCGAGGUGGCCAUCGAUGAGAUGAGCAAGAAGGUGGCCGAGAUCAAACAGCUUUGCUCCUCCAGUGAGGUGGACAUGAUCCGUCUGCAGCUCAAACUACAGGGCAGCAUCAGCGUCCAGGUAAAUGCAGGACCACUAGCAUACGCUCGAGCUUUUCUGGACGAUGCGAGCGCCAAGAAGAAUCCUGAUAACAAGGUCAAACAGCUGAAAGAGGUCUUCAGGCAUUUUGUGGAGGCAUGUGGCCACGGUUUAGGUAUCAAUGAGCGACUGAUCAAAGAGGACCAACAGGAGUAUCACGAUGAGAUGAAAGCCAACUAUAGAGACCUAGCGAAAGAGCUGUCCAUCAUCAUGCAUGAGCAAAUCAGUCCUGUGGAAGAUGGCAUGAAGAGCGUUCUCCCAGACUCGCUUCAAAUCUUUAACGCCAUCAGCGGCACGCCAACCAGUGCCACUAUCCACGGCAUCCCCAGCUCUUCCUCUGUGGUAUGAUGCCGGCAGGGGUUAGCCUUGAACUUGGCGCCCUCUACACUCGCCAACCAGGCAUGCCGGUGACGCCAUAUUGUCGCCAAUAAACCCGAUCCUCCUUCUCUUCAGUCAGCUCAAAGGGAAACUGACAAAAGCACAGACAACUCUGACCACCUCUCACCUUUCUCAGUGAACAAUGACCCAGGCACUGGACCUAUUUAAUGAUUACACGGCAUGGUAACUGUGCUGGAUGUCUGUGACAGAGGAGGAUCUGAGGAGGAUCCUGGGACCAGAGAGUGGAUCAUGCAGGAGAGAUGAGAGACGUUGCAGACUUUGGACAGACAUAAUGCUUCACCUGUUUCUACCUGAAAAGACUGGUUUUCCAUGGACACUCCUCUUGUGAUCUUUAAUAUGCAUGUCAUUACAUUACAGCCACCACCUUCCCAACAGCCCAUUUUUGUUUAUUUUGAUAAUGUUUCACAUUGUGUUUUUGUAUGUACAGUAUUCCACUUUUAUAAGCCACUGUAUUGAUGUGUCGAUGAACAGUAUAUGCUGCAAACGUUGACGCUCGUCUCCCUGUACAUGAAGUUAUAUUUCUACUAAAUGGCGUCCUAUGACUCAUGUUAGCAUUCAACCUUAAAUCACUUCAAUGUCUUAGAAUGGGAGCGUUUUUAAAUAUUUAAAGCCAUUGCUUACAAAAAAUAUAUUCCAAGUUGUUUAUUAAUGUAUAUAAAAUGAGGAGUGUGUGCAAUAUUUGCAAAGUAUCUUGCUGUAUGGGGCUCAUACACUGUAAAGAGGAUGUUGACCUUCUUGCCAAAGCGAUGAGGUGUCGAACCAAACACUACGCCGACUGUGGAUUUAAUAUAAAGCUUUUACCAUUUUAGUGUUCAUUAUAAUUGUUUUAUAUUUGGGCAGCAAGGUAUUUUUUUUUUAAUUUAACACAAAGUCACUGUUCUGCUGUAAACAGAGAUGUUCCCUAAUGCUUAUCUUUUAAAUAAAACACACUAAUUUCUCUGCACUUUUACUCAUGAAUCCUUAUUUUCAUUCCACAUUUAUUAAAGUUUAUUCUUGUGUUUAUUCUUACAAUUAGUUUGGUUGUGGAGUUCUCUGAAAU